AUGAGCCUACGUCAACGAUCCUCAUCCGCCCUUACCCAGGCUGCAGCCCGGAGGACUGCGGCACCGUCCUGUGUGCUUUGUCGACUGCCACGAGAACCAUCACGAGCACAGCGAUCCCCUAUCCAUUCGACAUCGAAGAGGGACUCAGCCUGGGCAGCCGCGGUGCAGGUUGCCUCCAAUGUCGUUGGCAAUGUCGUCAAGAAGGCCGGCAAUGACACCAUGGCCAUUGACCCCCUUCGCACAGUCGCCAAAGAGAUGAAGUUCCUCACUGGUAAUAUCCGAAAGCUUCUCGGUUCUGGCCACCCUUCUCUUGACCGAGUCGCGAAAUACUAUACCCAAGCCGAGGGCAAGCACGUCCGACCCUUGAUUGUCCUGCUAAUGAGCAGAGCCACGCACCAAUGUCCAAAGAAUCCGCACAGCGACAGCCCGCAAACCGCUCGCGGCAUCGAUUCUUCAAUAUCGCCUGGCCAGGUUCUUGGCGACUUCAAUCCCUCUGCGCUUCCUUUGACGGCGCCCGAGGCCGACAUGGCCAACCCGGAACUAGACAUUCUCCCCAGCCAGCGUCGCCUGGCCGAGAUCGCCGAGCUUAUCCAUACAGCUUCACUGCUGCACGACGAUGUCAUUGACCACUCUGAGGCGCGUCGCGGUUCUCCGUCUGCCAAUCUCGCGUUUGGCAAUAAGAUGGCCGUGCUUGCCGGAGAUUUUUUGCUUGGUAGAGCCUCCGUCGCCCUGGCGCGUCUACGCAAUGCCGAAGUCGUUGAGCUCUUGGCAACCGUAAUCGCCAACCUGGUGGAAGGCGAAUUCAUGCAAUUGAAGAAUACUGAGCGAGACGAGCGCAAUCCCAAGUGGUCCGAGGAGACACUCAGCUAUUAUCUACAAAAGACGUACCUAAAGACUGCCAGUCUCAUCUCCAAGUCUUGCCGUGCUGCUGCUUUGCUUGGCAAUACCGACGUUGCCACUGUCGAGGCUGCCUACGCUUAUGGCAGAAAUCUCGGACUGGCAUUUCAGCUCGUUGACGACAUGCUCGACUACACUCGUUCUGACAAGGACCUUGGAAAACCCGCCGGUGCUGACCUCGAGCUUGGCCUCGCCACUGCACCACUCCUGUUUGCUUGGAAGGAAAACCCGGAGCUUGGUGCCCUGGUUGGCCGCAAGUUUGAGAACGAUGGCGAUGUUCAGCGCGCCCGCGAACUAGUCCUGCAAAGCGACGGAAUCGAGCAGACCAACGCCCUUGCCCACGAAUACUCCGAAAAGGCCAUUGCCGCCAUUGCACAUUUCCCCGACAGUGAAGCCAAAGAUGGCCUCAUCGAGAUGGCCGAGAAGACGGUCAAACGCAAGAAAUAA